AUGGGCCUCAUUGGAUUAAUCGCAGAACUUGCCGUGCUUGGCUCCAUCGCUGCUGGCAUUGCUGCCAAUGCCGCGGUUGUGGGUACUUGCAAGAUGCUCGAACUUAGAAAUGGUGCAGGCAAUAUUGGUCCUUGGAGAGCCGACAUUGAUGGAAGUGGUUGUCAAGGCUGGAAUAAGGAUGAAACUGACCAGGAUGACUGGAUACUCAACAUGGCCCGUGCUUGCAGUGUGAUGGCCCUCAUUUUUGGCUGCAUCUUGGCGGUCUUUGGCUUUUUCAAUCAAUGCCUCUGCCCUCUUCCCUGCUCUCAAAAGAUUCUUGAUUUGAGUGGUGUUGGUGUCCAAAUUGGAUUGGCUCUGACUUGGCCCAUGAUUCGCAGUUCAGUGUGUGAUAAUCAUGGAGGAUGUCGCUGGGGAGAUGAUGCUGCCGCAUUGCUCCUUUCGCAAAUCUUUUACCUUGCGGCCAGUAUCUUCAACCGAUGCAUGAGGGAACCUCGAUACAAGCGACGCCAAGAAGAAAGGCAAGAGGAGCCUGAACCAGAAAAGGAUUUGGAACAGAAUGAAACCAACGGCAGCGGUACAGAAGCUCACUAG